CAAGAAAGAGCUGUCAACAUUACACGAAGUGAACGGAAAAGUAAAACCUGCUCGCGAGACGAGUCCAUUUUCGUGAUUUUUAGUGAAUUUCCUGUGGUUAUUGCAGUGCAAACGUGAAGCCAGUGCCGGGAAUUACGAUGUCUAAGAAUGAUAAUAGGGAAGCGACCAUAAGGCAGCUCUACACGGAACUGAACAAACAGGGCUCCAACGGGGAGUACGAGAAGGCUCUCAAGUCGGCCAACAAAAUUCUGGCCUUGGAUCAAAACGAGCUCAAGGCACUCCAAUGCAAGCUCGUUUGUCUGAUUCAGCUGUCCAAGUUCGAAGAGGUGCUCAAGUUCCUCGAUCGCACGCAGUCUUCGCAUGACUGUACCUUCGAGCGGGCUUACUGCGAGUACCGGCUGAACCAGCCGGAGGCUGCGCUGAAGACGAUCCAGGACAGCGACAUCAAACCGUUGCCACCGAACCUGAAGGAACUGAUGGCGCAGAUUCUCUAUCGUUUGGAGAACUACGAAGAAUGUUUCGAGUUAUACAAGGAUAUUAUCAAGAAUACCAGCGACGAUUACGACGAUGAACGAACAACCAAUCUGAGUGCUGUUGUGGCCAAUCUUUGCGGGGAAGGUUCCAAGAAGGAGCUGCUGGCUCUGCGUGAAGAUACGUACGAGUUAACGUACAACGCCGGGUGUGCCUUGGCUGGGAAGCAACAGUUCCCAGAGGCGGAGAAGAAGCUACGUUCCAGUGAGAAGAUGUGCCGAGAGUUCCUGGAAGAAGAUGGCGCCACGGAGGAAGACAUCAUGGAUGAGGUGGCGAUCAUUAAGGUACAAUUGGCGUACUGUCUGCAGAUGCAAGGUAAGUCUAAGGAAGCUUCCGCGAUCUAUGCUGACGCAUUGAAGCAUAAAACCAAUGAUCACGCUUUAACGGCGGUGGCCAGCAACAAUCUUGUGGUCAUCAACAAGGAUCAGAACAUGUUUGAUUCGAAAAAGAAGAUGAAGGCUGCAACUUCGGAACAAGCUGAGCAUAAGCUGACUUCUAAGCAGAAGAAGUUGAUCUCAUUCAACAACUGUUUGUUGGCCUUCUUCACCAAUCAAUCGGACUGUCAUAUGUUGGCAAGCCGUUUGGGUAACUCGCAUUCAGAUUUGGAAUUCCAAUCAUUGCUGAUUCGUGUUAGCCAGCUGGCAAGAGAUAAGAAAUAUAAGGAUGCCAUCGAGUUGCUGGAAAACUAUUCCAAGAAGCAACCGAACCAGGAAUUGGAAGUCAAGUUUGCUAUCGUACAGCUUCAUCUGUUGGCCGGGAACAGAAAGGCUGCCGUGGAAAUUUUGGAAGGUCUUGGAGAAGCCAAGUAUCGACCGGGAGUUGUGUCCGCGUUGGUUACCUUAUAUCUCGGUCUGGACAACAAAACGGCUGCUUCCGGUAUUCUGAAGAAUGCGGUCGAAUGGUACAAAAAGAACAAGUCUACCGCUGGAGGUGAUCUAACCGACAUGUGGCGUCAAGCCGCAAGCUUCCAUCUACGCGGCGGUGAAUCGGAAACCGCUGCCAAGAGCUUGGAAGAACUACUGAAGACCAAUCCUUCCGAUAUGAAGAUUCUUGCUCAGCUGGUCAUUGCGUAUGCCCAGUUUAACCCGAAAAAGGCUCAGGAAGCUAGUAAGAAACUGCCUGCCCUGGAAACCCUCACCACUGCGUCGGAAAUCGAUGCCUUGGAAGCGACCAACUGGAUGAUGAUUGCCAAAGCCGUCAAGAAGAAGAUGCCCGCCUCGGGCAAAACGGAUCAAUCGCCGGGUACUCCGAGCAGCGAACUGGCCAAACAGAAGAAGAAAACCGUCCGCAAACGCAAAGGCAAACUCCCGAAGAACUACGAUGCGAGUGCUGUUCCCGAUCCGGAACGGUGGCUGCCACGCUACGAACGAUCCGGCUAUCGUAAGAAGCGCGAUCGCCGCGUGAAGGAAAUCAUCAAGGGCAGUCAGGGAACGUCCUCCGGACAGGCCGAUCAAUAUGACAUGAGCAAGGCCUACAAUCAGAGCAAGCAGUCACCGGCCACCCCGGCCGCACACGAAAUGCCAACGUCUGCUCUUGGUCCCAGGCAGCUUCCGAGGAAGAAUCAACACAAGAAGAAGAAGGGAAAGCACUAGAAAGAUAAACCGUGCGGUUUAUUGGUGACAAGCAUUUACGAACGUGCUUCUGGCGGUAAGGUUGCGUUUAGAAUGUUUACGACAUAUAAUAAAUAUGGCAUCUUGAA